AUGGGAGAAUGGACCAUCCUCGAGCGCCUCUUGGAGGCUGCUGUGCAGCAGCACUCUACUAUGAUAGGAAGGAUCCUGCUGACGGUGGUUGUGAUCUUUCGCAUCCUGAUCGUGGCUAUCGUAGGCGAGACGGUGUAUGAGGAUGAGCAGACCAUGUUCAUAUGUAACACCCUGCAGCCGGGUUGCAACCAGGCAUGCUAUGACAAGGCCUUUCCCAUUUCCCACAUACGGUACUGGGUAUUCCAGAUCAUACUGGUGUGCACACCAAGCCUCUGCUUCAUCACCUACUCGGUCCACCAGUCGGCCAAACAGAGAGACCGACGCUACUCCUUCCUCUAUCCCAUAAUGGAGCGGGACUACGGAGGAAGGGACGGAGCACGGAAGCUCCGCAACAUUAACGGAAUUUUAGUUCAGCACGGCGCCGAUGGCGGCGGAGGCAAAGAAGAACCUGACUGCCUUGAAGUGAAGGAGAUCCCUAACGCCCCGCGAGGCCUCACGCACGGAAAGAGCUCCAAAGUACGUCGACAGGAAGGGAUCUCUCGUUUUUACAUCAUUCAAGUUGUGUUCCGAAAUGCACUCGAGAUUGGAUUUUUGGCAGGCCAGUACUUCCUCUACGGCUUCAGCGUGCCUGGCAUUUUCGAAUGUGACCGCUACCCAUGUCUGAAGGAAGUGGAGUGCUAUGUGUCACGACCCACAGAAAAAACAGUUUUCCUGGUUUUUAUGUUCGCGGUGAGCGGCAUUUGCGUGGUGCUCAACCUGGCCGAGCUCAACCAUCUGGGUUGGCGCAAGAUUAAAGCGGCCAUCAGGGGCGUCCAGGCCCGCAGGAAAUCCAUUUGUGAGAUCAGGAAGAAAGACAUGGCGCAUCUGUCCCAACCACCCAACCUGGGGCGCACACAGUCCAGUGAGUCAGCCUACGUCUGA